AUGCUUGCUGAUGAUUUACCUGACGACAUUGUUCCGUUACUUGAAUGGUUCGAAGAAUAUUAUAUAGGAAGAAAAAAUAGAAGAAAAGUGGGUCGUCGAUCACCACAAUUUCCUCCAGAAAUAUGGAAUUUAUAUCAAAGGGUGUUAACAAUCCAAAACCGCACAAAUAAUCACGCUGAAGCUGCUAAUAUACGUUUAAAUAUUCAAAUGGGGGUUACUAAUCCAACAAUAUGGUAA